GAGGGCGAGCAGGGCAGCAUCUGUAAUACGGCAGGUCACUGAUGAAGGGAAGCGUCCCAAAAUUGUCGCAAGGUCCCGGUGUUUUGAGGUAGUCUCGCUGAGGAGGAUGAAUGGAAAUUUGAAAUGUAGUAGGUGUUUUCGAAGUUUGUGAAGCAGGGACGAGUGCACGUGGCUGAAGGAGGAGCGCGUGCUCCGAGUAACGUUCCAGCUCUGGGCCAGAGUUCGAGAUUUUGAUUGUGAUGUCUUUUCGAGGAGGUUUUGGUAGAGGAGGACGAGGAGGUGGCUUUGGUGGAGGAAGAGGAGGGCGAGGAGGUGGAGGAUUUCGUGGCGGAGGACGAGGAGGCUACAAUACAGGAUAUGAUCAGGGACCUCCUGAUAGAGUGGUUGAAUUGGGACAUUUCAUACAUCCUUGUGAAGACGAAAUUGUUUGCAAAUGCACCUCUGAAGAAAAUAAAGUCCCGUAUUUCAAUGCACCAGUCUAUUUGGAAAACAAAGAACAAAUUGGAAAAGUUGAUGAAAUAUUUGGGCAGCUCAGAGAUUUUUACUUUUCAGUUAAAUUAUCAGAUAACAUGAAAGCUGCUUCUUUUAAGAAACUACAGAAGUUCUACAUCGAUCCAGCUAAACUACUCCCUCUUCAGCGAUUCUUACCUCGGCCACCUGGUGAGAAAGGCCGAGGGAAUGGAGGUCGUGGAGGAGCCCGAGGGGGGCGGGGCGGUGGAUUUGGAGGACGGGGCGGUGGAUUUGGAGGACGGGGCGGUGGAUUUGGAGGAAGAGGCGGUGGUUUCAGGGGAGGGAGAGGAGGAGGUGGUUUCAGAGGAGGCAGAGGUGGUGGAGGGCGUGGCUUCAGAGGUGGAAGAGGAAGGUGAAAUUGCAAAUGUUUGAAGAUUGAGCAGCAACCUCCAAGUUUAUUGCUUUGUUCCUUAUUUUACCAGAUAUGAGCUGCAUCAAGUUGAAAGUUUUUUAUCUUUUAAAAAAAUGUGAUUUAUUGCAUGCAGGAUGUUUUUGUAUUAUUUGCAUUGUUGUAUAUUUGAAAUAAAUGCAUUUGAGGGUCCAGUGUACCACUCAGAAUUUGUUUGUACAGUGAUAGAAAUGUCAAUAUCCUGAUAAAUUAGUUCUGAACACAUUUGUACACAAAAAUGCGAAGCAUGUAAGUUGCAUUAUACAAACAUAAUACAAUGAUAUACUGAUUAUGAUAGGUCCACAAAAUAGUACAGCAUGAGAUGAUUUUCC